AUGCGAACGAGAAAAACGCGGCCCCCACCGGCGGGUUUUCUUCUCGCCUUACCUCCUCCUGCUGUAUCUGACGAGGUACAGGUACAGCAGAAGAGUGAACUCUUCAUCAAUGUGGAUGAUACGAACGUCUCACCUGUAGUCACAAUGAAUGGCCCACUUUUCCCCGCCCGUUUUUUUCACGUGAACAAUACGAAUCUUUUCGUGUUGAUUGAUGGUGUGUCGAUGUUUACCGAGGGGAAGACGACACAGAAGGAGGAAGCGGCAUCACUUCUUAUUGGCGAUGAGAACGAGGUCACCGCCACAGUCAAAGUAACAAGGAAACUACCCCAUCUUAUUUCGGCCAAUGCAUUUGACUCGGUCGAAGCGGCAAUUCGCGGCAUUGAGGGCGAUGGUAACGAGGCGUCUCCGUCUUCCACGGCAUCUGCCGUUUUUUCUCCAGUUGCACAGUUUUCGUCUUUGGCUGCAAGUGUGGAAGUGGGUGCUUUUCCAACGUCUGUCGUUUCAGCAGCAGGAGGGAGUGGGAAAGUAGGGAAACAGCCGGGGAUACCGCAAAUGUAUGCAUCACUUUUUGAGGGUGCGUCAGUUUCCCCAGCGGCUGGUUUGGGAAGUAAGUUUUGUAAUGACGGUAUUGUUAAACUCCACGGUUUUGUGCCUGGGGUUACGGUUCCCGCGUGCAGCGUGAAGACGUCGUCGGCUACGUACAUACCAUCAGACUCUGUCGCGACGACGUUAUCAACUGGGGAAAUGUCUCUGUCUACAACCCUUUCUGCGGUGACCACGAAUGCUGCACACAGUUCAACUGGUAAAAAGCACAGGGGUAAGUUUCACCGUGGCGGUACAAAAGUGCCGAAUAGAGGAUUUUCUGCAAGUGAUAUUGGCCGCACAAAUCGAUCGUUGGUUUUGGAGGCGGUGGUAAUGCUUGACUUUAUUGGAAAAGGCUCGCAAGGAACCGUGCACCGCGUUAUGCUUGAUGAGAAGCUUUAUGCACUGAAGUGUAUUGAUGUGAAGGAGGUGACAGAAGCCACCAAUGCUGUAGAAAGGCAAGGUAGAAAACAAGGUCUUGUGAAGGAGCUGAACAUGAUUCGCCUUCAGAGGUCGCGGGAGCCUCCAAAGCAUUUGAUGCAGGUUUUCAAUGCUGUUGCUACUCUUGACAACGAACGACAACAAUUAUAUAUAUUGAUGGAGUUAAUGAGUUUUAGUGUAGAAGAUGCGCAGAGGAUGCUUUCACGUUUCCCCGUUCAUGAAAUGAUGAAAGUGACGCAGUCUACCUUUCGCAAUCAUCUUGCAGGAUCCGCCAUGGCUCAGAAGCAAACUGAGAAGCUGUUAAAACAGCGAUCUGCCUCGUGUAUGCAUCUAACGGGGCGAAGUUCUUACAACGUGCCAGAAGAUUGGGAGUCUAAUAUUGAUCGUCAGACUCCUGCACCGGAGAUUGUCUUGUCCAUGCUGGCGGCGGACGUCUUAAAGGGACUUCAGGAAUUGCAUGAUAACUUUUCAAUUGUACAUUGUGACCUUAAACCCGCAAAUGUUCUGCUGGAUUUUAAUAAAAGGUGUUUCAAGAUUGCCGACUUUGGGUGUGGAUGCCAGAUGGAUCUAACUACUCGACAGGUGAGAAGAAGAGGGAAUGAUUUAGGCUCUAAGCUGUACAAAGCUCCUGAACGUUUGCAGCAUGAAUUGGCGGGCACCGAAGCUGAAGAUGAGAUGCCAUGGGCUGAGUUUACUUCCGCUGCUGAUGUGUGGUCGCUGGGUAUCAUGUUGUUAGAACUCAGCAAUGGUGUGAGCCCUUGCUACUCCUUCAAGUCGGAUUACUGGAACUUUGUCAACAAUUUGAAGCUGUCUCGCAUGGUGAAACCCCUUGCAUGGUCCUCCGCAUUCCACGACUUCAUUGUGCGUUGCCUGAUGCAGGACCCUGCGCAGCGUUGGACGGUGCACAAGCUGCAGCAGCACCCUUUUAUUCUUAGAUAUAGCCGGGUUCCCCGGGAAAAACUAAGGUCCUUUAUGGAACGUCUAAAGAAUGAGUCGGAAACCUUCCAACUUCGCCAGCAGCGCGAGCUUCUUGAGAAGCAGAUACUACUGAGCACAGGCAAAAAGGCUCAUGACCGGUACCAAAAGCAGAGCCGGACGCGUUGGAAGGCGUUUACCGGAUUUCUUAGCGUGGCUCCGCAGUUUGAAGACACAGAGAAGUUUCCAUGUCUGAGUUAA